AUGAAGAAUAUAAGUUAUACUGUUGAUGUAAAGAAAAACCAAUCAGAAAAGGAAGAUAAGGAAAAUUUGAUUUUUUAUUCAUUCAUCAAAGAUAAACUCCCUAAGCCUAAUCCAAUCUUGAUUUAACAAUUACAAUUGCAUAAAGUAAACUCAUUAUUGCCAUUAAAGAAAAAGUAUUGUUUUUUUUUUUGAAGUAUUUUAGUUACUUAGAAACAAAUGAAUAAGAAACAACCUACAAAACUCCAAUUCAAUAAUAAGAAUAAGAAUGUUAAACCUAAAAAUCAAUCACUCUUCAAGGUUUCAUCAAACCAUUAAAACUGAUAUACUAAAAAUAUUAACCUUAACAGAAUCAAACCAUAUAUGCAACUCUUCUUCAUCAACCAGGUAAUAACUUUGAUCCAUCUCACUAUUAUUAAAGUGAUGAAGAUAUUAAAUUUGACUCUCUGUUUGAAAGUGGAAACCUUUUCUAAGUUUUUAAAGUACCUCUAUCAUUCCUAAUUAGAAAAGCGAUCGAGAUUAUAUUCUUCUACUUCAAAACGAUAUCAAUACCAAAGGAUAUACACAAUGGUUUUACUUUUCCAUUUCAAAUAAUAGUCCAAACCUAUGCAAUAUUAAACUCAGCAUUAUCAACAUCAAUAAGGAUAUGUGUUUUUAUAGAUAAGGCAUGAAAAUACUUUUAAAUGAAUGUAAUUAUUGGAGGAAAGACUCUUUAGGUUUAUCUUUCAAGAAAAAUAACAUUUUAAGAAAUGAUUCUUCCUUCUAUUAUUCUUUAUCUUUUAGUUAUACCUUUAUUGAGUAAGGAACUGUAUAUUUUGCAUCCAAUUAUCCUUACACUUAUUCUAAUCUAUAAACUUAUCUGUCUAAUAAAUGUCUUCUCUAUGAUAAAAUUAUGAAAGUUAAAAACAUUGUUACAAGUUCAGCUGGAAAUGAGAUAUAAAUAAUCACAAUAACAAAUGAUAACCAAGAUAAUAAACAAGGAUUACUAUUUAUAGGUAGAUAGCAUCCAGGGGAAACAUCAAGUUCAUAUAUAAUUGAAGGAAUUAUUAAUGCUUUAUUGUCAGUUGAGACUGAUGAUUUGAGGAAUAAAUUUGUUAUAAAAAUCAUUCCUAUGUUAAAUGUUGAUGGAGUAGUGCAUGGAAAUUAGAGAUGUGGUUUAGAGGGUUUUGAUCUCAAUAGAAAAUGGGGAUGUAAUAGAAAUAAUACAUUAAUUUCUGUUGAAAAAUUAAUUUAUCAUUUUCAUUAAAACUAUCCUAUCUAAUUGAUCCUAGACAUACAUGGUCAUAGCAAAAAGUAAUCAAAUCUUAUAUAUUAGAUUAUCUGCCUUUUUCUAUGGCCAUAGUUGCAAUCAAUUCAUUAAUGAUCUUUGUGACUCUGAUAAAAGAUUCAGUCUAGAAAAUAGUAGAUUUAUGAAAAAUACUAGAUAUUUGAAUCAUACUGCUAGAGUUUAUUUGUAAAAAUUAUUAAAUAUGAAACAAAAUAUUUAUACACUUGAAAUUUCAUACUUUGGUUAUAAAGAAGAUAAUUAAAUUGUUGAUUUUACUCUAAAUGAUUUAAGAUCUAUGGGAAAAUAAAUUGUUAAUAUUCUUUCUAAAAAUUCAGAUUAUGAAAAAUCCACAAAGAGUUUACUCUUAAAUGAUUAAUAUUCUGAUAUCAGUCUCUCUGAAUCAUCAAUUUCUAAUGAUGAAAUAACAUUAGAUGAAAUUAAAUAAAUUUAACCAGAAUCAUCUAAAGAAAAAACUACAAAUUUUAAUAAGCAAUAUCCUAGAACAAAUUCAUUUAAAUAACGAUAACUUAGAUCAUCUUAAUCUAGAAAUAGACCAAAAUCUUAAUCGAUCUAAAACUAAAUUAAAUACUAAUAAUUUACAUAUAAUUUUAUUGAUAAUUCCAUUAAUAAUUUCAAUUAAAAAAUUGAAAAUUAUGAUCAUUAAAGUUUAUUCAUUUCUCAACAAAAGCCUAAACAAUCUGAAUAUACUACUUAACCUUUAGCUGUGAUACCUUAACAUAGUUUAAAACAUUAAUUCUUAUGGCAAAACAGAUUAAAACAAUAAAAUUAACUGAAUUAAAGAGAAAUUAAAAUUUAAAAUCUCAAAGAAUAAAGAGAUUUAAAAAUAUAUCAAGAAUUCAAAGAUUAUGUGAAUAAAUAGAAUAAUAACAAAUCCUUACUUCUUAAAUAUUCAUUUAAUGACACAGAUUUAUUUAAAAAGUUUUAAGCCAAAAAAUAAUAUUUAAUUAUUAAUUUAUGA